GGGCGGCACUGUUUAUUCGAACACGAUAGCAAGAGUAGUGUAGAUCGUUGGUUAGUGAUCGCCAGCUGAAAUUGAAAACGUUUGCAAGUGGAAGAUUUCCAGCAGUAGGAAAAAAAGUUACAAGUGUGAAAAAUUGGUGUGCAGAAUUGGAAGGUGAUUUGCUCAAGUGCCAAAUCAAGUGAAAACGAAGCGAACAGACGGCGAGUGGUGAAAAUUAUCUGGUGAUUCCGGAAGCUAGGCGGUGAAGGUUGAUUUGAAGAGAGGUGAUCGCUGAAUCGGUGAAGGGAUUGAAGUAAAAAACAUAAACAACUUCGUAACGAAGGUGAAAAAAGAACGUUGUGAGCAACUCUUUUUUGGGGGUGUUGGAAAAGUUUGAAGUUUGCAACGAAGAAAGCAAGUGCCACAGAUUGUGAACGGGCUCAGUGUCGAUCGAGCGAGGUGAAAGCAUGGUUCAAAGUGGAAGCAUUUCGCUGGGGGUCGCCCUGAUGGCGAUGACCCUGCUGUCGCAGUGUUCCGGUUCCGCGAUCCCCAUGUGGGAAUUCCUGAGUCGGGGCGAAAAGAUGUCCCAUCUGUACUCGAUGUUCGCCAAGCAGGUGUCCAGCUACUGCAAGGGCUCGCAGGACAUGCCGACCAACAUGUGCAAGCGCAACCUCCUGAUGUACGGCAUCAACAAGCUGCAGGACAUGAACGAGUCCCAUCUGGACUCGAUGGAUCCGUACCAGCGCGGUGCCCAUGAUAUAAUUUGGGACGCCAUGAUGGACGGUCACACCAAGAACGGCAAGAAGAAGAUCCAGCAGACUACGGAAGCUCCAGCUCAGAUUGCCAGCGAGAGCCAGUACGAGCACAACCCGCUGUUCGAUGACCCAACUCCAAAGGCCGGUGGUAACCGCAAACAGGACUCCCCAGUAGACAAAUUCGGCAUGGACUACGACUACAACAAUGCCGCCACUGCUCAGGACCUCCAAUACGCUGAUCCUCAGAACUACCUGCCUCAGGCUGGUUCCGCCGCCGGAUACGAUCUGUACCAGCGGUACCAGGGAGCCGCCUCCACCCAUUUCGACAAUCUGGCUCCGUACGAGCAGAACACAAACUUCUUGACUGGACCCAUGGUAGUCAUGGUACGACCGGACGGCUCCGCAGUAGAACAUCCUCACCAGAAGGUUCUGCCCAAGGACGACGACAUCAAAGAGAUGACCAUCGGCAAAGACAAGAUGCCGACCUUCCAGCAAAUCUACGACAGUCUCAAGCAGACCGAUGAAGUCCACGACCACCACACGGCUGCGUCUGCAACGACGGAAACCGCUGGUCCCGUACCGUCGGUCACCAGCUUUGUCAAGUCCUACCGGACCGAGUACAGGCCUCAGAACUAAGACCGCUACCGCUGACAGCGGUAACGCCCAUCAAACCCUUUGAUUGUGAUUUUACUUUAGUGUACUAAUACGACUACCUUAAACUCUAAAAGAAUGCUACUACUAUCACUAGUACUAAUAACCGAGGAACUACACAGGACUCAUGGUCACUUCAGAGCGACACUUGCUAGGAAGCUGUCGAAGUCACGCGCAAUAUGUUUUAGUAGCUAUUAAGAGCGAGAGUCAAGCAAAGAUCGGACCCAGGUGGGCCGGUCCCCAAGCUGUGCGCUGUGCCAAAGCUCGCCCCGGGCCCGACACAUACAGCCCGGGACCCCCGGGAAGGAUCUCUCGCAGCCCAAGCUUCCGGGACCGCGACCCUCGGGGCAACCCGAUGUCUUACAUUCAUUAAUUCCUAAUAUAUUUAUAAAUCAUCGUCACUCAUUUUCAUUACGUUAGUUUUGUUUUCUGUAUGCCAUUGUUACACAGACAAACAUUCGAACAUUCCGCUUGAUCAAUCCCCUAACAUCAAGCGGAAACCACAAAAGUUUCGAAACCCCCCGCGGGGAUAAAGUGCCAUCAGAACACCCACGGACUGGCUGAGUCUCCGGCCCUAUGCCACAUGGGAGACACAUCCAGUGCCGUGUGUUAGUGAUUCCCGCACUGCCCCGAACCAAAAUUCCCCCGUGACACUCGAGGAACCGCCCCUCGAGUAAUGUGAUGAACAAGAAAACACUAGAAUACAAUGAAAAUCCUUUCCCCUUCCACCCCCGUAGAUCGUAAGGCAGGCUUUAUGCUUUGUAAAUUAUUUGUUCUUCCGCGCUGUUUUAGCAGAAAAACCCCCUAUGUAUUUAUGUAUAGUCUUAGUCGGAAGGGACAAUUGUAAGAAAGAAUCAAUACAAAUUUUGUAUCAAAUUUUAGCGGACGAAACGGAAGUGAAGCGUGAUGUUUAGAGUCGACAAACCCCCAGAAAAA